AUGAGUGCAUUCGAAACUGCCGCCGCUGAGGUCAAGCACCUUAAGGCCAAGCCCUCUGAUCAGGAGAUGCUUGAGCUCUACAGUCUCUAUAAGGUCGGAACCCAGAGCAACUUCGCUGAGGCUCCCAAGCCUGGUACUUUUGAUUUUGCGGGCAAGUACAAGUACAACGGUUGGAAGAGACUCCAUGACGAGGGUGUCACCUCUGAUGAGGCUCAGGAAAGGUACAUUUUUCUUGUUGAGGCGCUUAAGGAGAAGUACGGCUCUUAA